UAAACACAGCAGCAGCAGCACGUAGAGAAAGCUGCCUCGAGUUUCCCCUCGCCCUCCCUUCUGCCUGGAGCCGCCCUCAAUCAGGAGAGCUUCUCCAGCUGUAGCAUUGCUGAGGUAACAGUGCAUACGGAUCUGGCAGUCAUUUCAAGGAAACCUUACUAGAAGUAUCGCCCUCCCCGUUGUCCUUAAGGCCAGUCUCCGUUGCCAGGAAGGAGAGGAGAGGCGCAAGAGGCUGUGAGAGAAGAGAAUUGUAGGAGAAGAUAAAGGUGUGGGCAAACUUUCUAGCUGCUUCUUGCUUCAGCUACCACCCAGAAGUGGGAGUGUCUGUGUCUUUGGCCAUAAAGAGCUGCAAAGCCCAAAUGUCAAAGAGUCCUGAGGCUGCAAAGGAGACCUCCCUGCUGCCUUUGGAGGAGGAACUACCUUCAGCUCCAGUGCUUCCUUGUGGGAUUACUUGGAACAAUAAAUAAUAUAUUUUUCCAGGUCAUUUUAGAAGGACUUUGGGCUUUCACAUUAGACUGUAGUCUCAACAAUAAACAAACCCCAAGUUCAUCCUAAUCUUAUUUCAUCCUGCACUCAAGUCAUAAAGCUGGUCUUUUGGUAUCAGAAGUCCUUCCAGAACAACAGACUGUGUUAUGAAGAUAAACACAAGUUAGACUUCACGGUGGUAUCAGGCUGAAGGAAAAGUUGGCCUACCAGCUAGGGAGCUCUUGCAAUUAACAUAGUUGUGACACUGCAGCAAACAAGGCAAGCAGGCCGGAGUGGAAAAGCUGGCUGCAGAGACAAGUGGCUCCACAUCUCCAUGAAGGGGGCAACUCCAGAAGGGCAGCAUGCCAGGUAGAAGGUUGCAUACCUGUCAGGGAAUAAUCUUCUACCAUACGUCACUUCAGAAAGAGUCAUGUUGAAUUGCCUGUCUCUUUUUCCAUGUCUAUAAAUAUCUUAGUCUCAGUGUGUUUUGGAGGCCCUGCCCACUUCUCAGACCCAGCUCUGAGAAGAGAAAGUGGUGGAGUCAAUGCCUGCUUCUGCUCUGCUGAGGAAAUUCUCAAAAUGUGCACACAUGUCAGAAGCUAAUUAACAGAUUUACUGCUGAAAAAUUGAUGAUACAGUAAGAGCUUUUGAGGAAAUAAACUGAGAUUUAUCUCAAAGAUCUGUUGCAGAACAACUGAAAAGAGAGAGAGAAUGGACAACUUCUGAAGAUUUUUAUUAGAGAACAAAAAUCAACUGGAAACAUAAGGUGGACUUAGAGGAGUAAGAAACUUUAAAAAGCAUCCAGAAAUUGCUAAUUCCCUGGUUUGGCUCAAGGUCUUGGGAUAAUGGAUACCAUUGAGACUGCAAAGCUUGAAGAGCACAUGGAAGGUCAAAACAAUGACACCUCAAAUGGUUAUGUUCGACCUACGCUAUCUGUCAGUGAGGAAAGCAAAAAUGGCAAUACCAAACCGAAGGGUUUACCUAAUGGUUUGCGAAAAAGCACAAAGAAAUAUCCAGACUAUAUUCAGAUUUCUAUGCCUGCUGAAUCUAGGAACAAAUUUCCUUUGGAAUGGUGGAAAACAGGCAUUGCCUUUGUGUAUGCUCUCUUCAAUUUAAUUCUAACGACUGUCAUGAUCACCGUGGUUCAUGAGAGGGUACCUCCCAAGGAGCUCAGUCCUCCAUUGCCAGAUAAAUUUUUUGAUUAUAUUGAUCGUGUGAAAUGGGCUUUUUCUGUAUCAGAAAUAAAUGGAAUGAUACUAGUUGGAUUAUGGAUAAUCCAGUGGCUAUUUCUCAGAUACAAAUCAAUAGUGGGACGCAGGUUCUUUUUUAUAAUUGGAACUUUGUACCUGUACCGCUGUAUUACCAUGUAUGUUACCACCCUACCUGUGCCUGGAAUGCAUUUUCAGUGUGCUCCAAAGUUGAAUGGAGAUUCACAGGCUAAGGUGCAGAGGAUCCUACGAUUGAUUUCUGGUGGUGGUCUGUCCAUAACUGGAUCACAUAUCUUAUGUGGAGACUUCCUGUUCAGCGGUCACACAGUAGUGCUAACACUCACCUACCUGUUUAUCAAGGAAUACUCACCUCGCCACUUUUGGUGGUAUCAUUUGAUCUGCUGGUUGUUGAGUGCCGCUGGUAUAAUCUGCAUUCUUGUUGCCCAUGAACACUACACUGUGGAUGUUAUCGUUGCUUAUUAUAUCACCACAAGGCUCUUCUGGUGGUACCACUCAAUGGCUAAUGAAAAGAACUUGAAGAUCUCUUCACAGACUAAUUUUCUCUCUCGAGCAUGGUGGUAUCCGAUAUUUUAUUUCUUUGAGAAGAAUAUACAAGGCUCAGUUCCUUGCUGUUUCUCAUGGCCAAUAUCUUGGCCUCCUAGCUGCUUCAAAUCUUCGUGCAAAAAAUAUUCACGGGUUCAGAAGACAGGAGAGGACAAUGAAAAAUCCACCUGAAAGAAAGAUGAAGAAAGGAAAGAAAUCAUCUGCUCUUCAUUUUACCAAAAUAUUAAUGCUAUAACCAAAGUUCUUAAAAGGACUAGAUUGUAGGGGAAUAAGUGGACCAAAUUCUUGUGCAAUUGUACAAGACAAUUGUAGACAAAAUAAAACACACAUUGACAUGUUUUCUAUUCAUCACAUUGUACAGAGCUAUUCUACUCUUCAGUGCUAGGAGUGCACCACAGAUAGGAUUUUUCCCUGAGAAAGAAAAAAGAAGCAGGAGUUUGAUUUACUUAUGAGAUUGAGGUGCCAAAGAACACAUCACACCUUUUAUUAAUGAUCACUCAUCCACAAAAAUCUCAUAUUUAGAGUUCUGGAAUUUGAGGGCAAAAGCAUACUAAAAUUUAAAGUUACAAUAUCUGUCUACAAUGGUGGGAAGUAGUUUACUGUAUUCUUCUUGCUAAUGAAGGUACGACUUACGAUACAUGACUGGUGAAGCUGGAAGUGAGCCUUGACAUUUUAUGCUCUAUGGGAAUGAAUGUACUAUGACCCUGAAGUACUCCCACCUCCCAUGUACUCUGAUAUACCAAUUUUUUUACAUUUUGUAUUGGUAAUUUUAUUUUUUUAAAAACAAACAAAAAAAGAACCUGAAAAAGAAAGCUGUUGUGAUAUGAUGACAUUACAAAUUAUAAAUAAUAGCUGCUAACAUCAUUGGAGCUCUACAAGCAUGGAAGUAUUUUUAUUUUUAAAACAUAUAUCUAUGUAACAAGAAGAAAAUUAUUUCAAAGUCUAAACAGUUAAUGGCAAGUUAGCCUGGGUCUGUAUGUAUUAUGUGUAUAUAUAACUAUGUAAUGCAUAUAGGUGUAUAUAUACAUACUUUUGUGUAUUCACACACAUUAACCAAUAUUAGAUAAAUGAAAAGAAAGCUGUGUAUAAUGUGUUAUUGUAAGCAAAAACUCCCACUGAUUUUCCUUCACCUGCUUUAAUACUGCAAAAUCAGUUCCUAAAUGGGAAAUGUAAAAAUCAAACAUUUUAAAUUUUUAGUUGUUAUAUCUUGAUGACACUAUAUAAACAUUGUGCUUGAGAGCCUGAUGUUAUGCAUUUAGAGGUUUGGGGGUUUUGUUUUUUGGUGGUUGUUUUUUUUGGUGGUUUUCUUUUUUUUUAUUUAUUUGUUUUCUAUUUUUUAUAAACCGUUGGCACAAAUCUCAGUGACUCAUAAACAGGUGCUAAGGUGAAUAAACUCCAACAGCAACACUUCUUCCACUGUUACCUAACAAUAUUUAUUAUUAAAUGGUGCUGUCAUAUAACUGACCCGCUAUUCCUUCCUAUCAGGACUUGUUUGUCCAACCAAAGUAUCUACACAAGUAUGUUGGUUUAGUAUGUGGGAAUACACAACUUUGUUCGUGUACAACUGAACUGCAGAUUAGCAGCUAACCUGGUCAACGUUGUUUUUGUUGUAUUUCAUGUUGUUCUUGGGGAAGCAAAGUGGAUACUGCGCACCCCAGAGUUUAACGGUUAAUUUGUUCUGUAUUCAUUUCCUCAGCUACUCAAGUGUUUUAUUUCAAAACCUUCAGUAAAAGCUGAUCACAGAGGCAAUAAUUGUGUUAAUAGUUAAAUUAACCUGUAACCUGAGUGAAAAAUUUGCUCUCAUUUUUUAGAAUGCCUUGACAAGUGUGAACACUAAAAAGAAAAUUAAAUAAUGACAUUCUCAUUUUAAAAAUAUCCUGUUAGAAAAAUUGCUACAAAUAAAAUGAAAUAUACAGUACCCAGAUCUGAUUUCUUUUUCAGUGCAGAGGGUCAAUGACUAUAAAAUUGUACACCAGAAAAAUAUUUUUGUGCAUUAUCAAAGCGUAACACAAACUGCAUUUCUUACAGUACCUUCUGGUAAAACAUAGCAAAGUAAUGAUAUCCAAGCUCCUUUUUUUUUAAAUUUUUAUUUUAAAAAUUUUAUUUCUCCUCACUAGAAAUAUUUAACAUCAGGCUGGGGAGUCUGAUGUUGUGCGUAUGGACACAAGGUAAAUGUUUUCCUGGCAGAACUUGAGUGCCUCACAAGCCGAACCCAAGGACAUACAUUUUGAGAUGUGUUCCUUCAAUUAUUAGCUAUCCAAUCCUAUUAGUACAAUAUCAGCCUUUGCACAUCCCCAACGUUGUUGUUUUAUUUCUUGUUUGAGUUCAUCUACAUGGACCACAAUGUCUUUGAAGUCAAACCACAGACUACUGGGCUAUAGCUUAAUCUCCUAACUGACAUGUUAAUUAUUUUUAGUUGAACCACUUCUAAUAGCAAAGUCUAUGGAGGGAAAUAUGGGUGAAUUUCAUUAGUAAACCUGCUUCAAUAUACCGGUAAGCACUGUGGUCUGAACAUUCUAGGAAGGAUCAGAAACUAUGGUUUUCACUUGGUAGCCUGUUAGCUUACUGAAUAACACAUCCAUUGAUAGCCUAGAUAGAUUACAACAAAGUUCCACUGAGAUAUUUAGAAGGGUAUUUAGCUAAUGACUGACCUAUAGAAUAUAUCAAGUGCUCUGCUCAUAACCAAUAUUCUUAUUCAGUACAAUUUGAGGUCCCAUUUUGUUUAGAUGAUAAAGAAUUAAAAUUGAGUGAGUAGUUGUAGUUUUGGAUUAGGCCUGCUAAGUGCUCAAAUUCCCUCCAUUCUCAUAUAUGUCAACAGAAAUUGCUUGCAUACUUUGGCCUUUAAACAAUAGAGAUGGAGUAUCUCAAAAGUUCUUCUUAUUGAUACGAAGAAAGUAGUAAAUUUAUUGAAUCCAGUUUUUUGAAAAGUGCUCAUCUCAUUUAGAAACAUUUUAAGCUUAAAUCUAUGCAAGAAUGUAGAAUUACACCCUUACAUUUUCACAUAAUAUAAUUAUAGCCCAUUCUUUAUUACCACACUGCACUAACAAAUCAGGUAUAGGUGACAGUCAGUAUAUAUGAAAAGAAGCGUAAAGAAUUAACAGUGAUUGUGAUAAAUGUUGGAAUAUAAAGAAGUUCCACAAAAUUUCAGGAUGGGAAGAAAUGGAGUAAAGCGGAUACAAUCCAAAAGUAAAAAAAAGCUAUCUGGAAUUCAUUCAUGAACCUUCACAGGGUUGAGUGCAGGAUUUUAUUCCUGAUGCCUUUUUAUAUACCUUUCAUUUUACGUAAUUUUUCUGAAACUUUUCUUUGAUUUAAAUACUGUCUGUAUCUGCUGCUAUGCCACAAGACAGAGAAUCAUAGGUGAGCUGCAAUUUCUGUCCUUUGAAGAGAGCCUGGAUUGGCCCUUCUGAAAUCCGUGGAAGUUUCAUAUGUGCAUCUGCCACAUCACUGAAGACACAGGAGUUGCUGGGUCCUUGACACUUCUGAAAUCCAGGUCUCUCAUCUAUGUGUCUAAAUGGAUUUGGAAGCCUAAAUUGGGCACCCAUAUUAAAAAAAAAUCUUGGCCAUGGUCAUUACUUAAAAGGGUAAUAUGAUAAUA